AGGGCCGAGGCCUUCUGCAGCUGUGAGCUUCGCGCGCCGGGCGGGGUAAGUGCGUGGCUGCUCGCUUCUCACGCUGCGACCCUGGGCCGCGGACCGCAGCUUUUAUUACCUCUCCCUGCUUUAUUCACGAUCUGAGGACAGUGUGAGAGGGACCAUGGAUCCUGCAGCCUUGGUGGAAGCCAUUGAGGAAGAGGUGGCUUGUCCCAUCUGUAUGACUUUCCUGAGGGACCCCAUGAGCGUCGACUGUGGGCAUACUUUCUGCAACAGGUGUCUCUCUAGACUCUGGGAGGUUCCAAGAGAAUCCCAAAACUAUGAUUAUACCUGUCCCCUGUGUUGUGCUCCUGUCCAGCCAGAGAACCUGCGACCUAACUGGCAGCUGGCGAGUGUGGUAGAAAAAGUCCGUCUGCUAAAGCUCUGUCUAGGAAAGGAGCCAAAAGGUGAUAUGUGUGAGCUCCAUGGGAAACAAGUACAGGCCUUCUGCAAAGAAGAUGGCCUGAUGGUGUGUGAGGCCUGCAGCCACUCCCCAGAGCAUGAAGCCCACUGUGUUGUCCCCAUGGAGGCUGUUGCCUGGGAGUACAAGUGGAAACUCCAUGAGGCUCUGGAAUACCUGAGGAAAGAAGAGAUAAAGGCCUGGACGCUGGAAGUUAGUGAAAGGCAGCGAACUGCUAACUGGAAGAUACAAGCAGAAACCCAAAAGCAGAGUAUCAUGUGGGAAUUUGAGAAGUACCGACGAUUACUAAACGAUCAAGAGCUACCAGGUCAGCAGCUAGACAAAGAUGCAGCUGCAGCUCUGGCCAGCCUGGAACAGGAGCAGAGCGAGCUGCUGCACAAACUGGAAUGGAAUCAUAGCGAGCUUGUCCGGCAGAGAGAGGCUCUGUGCAAGAUGAUCACAGAGCUGGAAGAGAGAGCUCAGAGGCCUUUCCGCUGCGCGCUGCCGGGUAUUCAGGAAGUCCUAAACAGGACCAAGUCGUGGAGCCUGUGGAUGCCAGAACCAGUCUGCCUGGAAAUGAAGACAGAUUGCCGUAUGCUAGGGCUAAGAGAGAUUCUCAAGACCUAUGCAGCCGAUGUGCGCCUGGAUCCAGAUACUGCUUACUGCCGCCUGAUCGUGUCGGAGGACAGAAAGUGCGUCCGCUAUGGAGACACUCAGCAGAACCUGCCCGACAAUCCUGAGAGGUUUUACCGCUAUAACAUAGUCCUGGGCAGCCAAUGCCUCUCCUCAGGCCGGCACUACUGGGAGGUGGAGGUGGGAGACAGGGCUGAAUGGGGCCUGGGAGUGUGUAGCGAAGAUGUAGACCGGAAGGAGGUGGUGUACUUAUCCCCCCAGUAUGGCUUCUGGGUGAUUCGGCUGCGGAACGGAGCUGAGUACCGGGCAGGCACCGAUGCGUACCCGCGGUUGACCUUGCCAGUCCCUCCACGCCGGGUGGGAGUCUUCCUAGAUUAUGAGGCACACGACAUAUCCUUCUACAACGUGACUGACAAUUGUUCCCACAUCUUCACUUUCCCCCGCUCUCCCUUCCCCGGGCGCCUCCUGCCUUACUUCAGUCCUUGCUACAGCGUCUGUGCCAACACCGCCCCUCUCACCAUCUGUUCCCUGGACAGUGAGGAUUAGGAGCGCUCCCUCCCCAACCAGAGCCCUUGGAAGUUGGCCUGGCCCACCAGGGAGGUGGAGGCUGCUGCCUCCAACAAGUGAAGCAGGCCGAGAAUCCAGAGGCUCCUCUCUCUACCCUUUCAGGCUCUAGAUAUUAGGCACUGUCUGUCAAUAAACCACUCAUAAAACAAAGAAUCUCAGUCAAAUGAGCAUUGCACCCCACGGGAAAAAAGUAUCAGGUCUGAAGUUGAGUCUCAGAGCAGUGGUAAGAUAAUUGGCUGAUAUGAAGAUCUGGCUUUUAUCCAGGGUCAUAAUUAAGUGAAAGAGGAAAUAAAGUAGACACUCUUUCAUAUACCUCUGAAUUAGAACUUACCAGUGAGCCAAAGAAAUCAAGGCCAUAUCCAGAGCUGGUUUCCAUGCUGGGGCCAGUCAAGAUGCUUCAUCUAAGGCUCAGUGGUAGCAAACAACCUCAAGUUGACCUUACUCUGUCCUCCUGACUGGAGGCUCCCGACAUGCCCAGACCACACACUGCAUAGCCUGCUGGAGCACAGGCUGGGGAGAUCGCUGUCUCAGACCAAGAAGUCCCACACCCUGUCCCUGCUUGCUUCUCUAAGUGGCAGAACAGAAAACUUAUUUUUAUUCUCAUUUUAUGGAUAACAGAAGUGAAAUGGGCUUAAUGCAGCAAAUGACUUCUUACAAAGCUAUGGAGGAUUGUAAAAAGCAUAAAGUGAUUUUUGCAUUGCUUCUCAGGUCAAAUGUCUACCUGUCAUUCAUUGUACUUGGGUAUGAGACCGCUCAUAUCUUUAAGAGAUUAUAAGCAUCCUUGUUGGAACACUUGGUGCAGUUUGUCCUGAAACAAAACCUCCUCCUACCUCAUAGGUUGGUGUGAAAAUCUUAAUCCAUGCCAUGCCUUUGUUCAUUUCUCAGGGAUAGAGGAAGGAAGUCAAAGAAAACCUCCCCACCUCACUGUGUUACGGCUACAAUCCUUCCAGCAGUGCCUUUCUUUCUUUGGGCCUUUCCUGAUAGUACAGAGCCCUUCAGGCAGAAAGGCGUCAUGGUAGUGGCAUGCUGUGAGCCACAGCAGAAUAUUACAUAACUACUUAAUGUGUGUUUGUCUCAGAACUAUAAUAGAGGCUGUAACUUCAAGGUAGAAACUGCUGAUAAGUAGG